GGAGCGCAGACGGAGCUGAGUGGAUGCUUUGAAGCUGAGAGAGGAGGAGGACAAAGAGAGAACAACCAGAGAAAGCUCUUUGCAGUGACAUGCGGAUGCAAUAAAACUACCAAGUUGAAGCGCAGCAUCGGUGUCCGACCAGCGGUAAAAGUAGAGGAGAGGAGCAGAAGAAACACGGAGCGCCUGUUCGUCGCCCCGCUUCAGCACCGCAGGGAGGAGACACGCAGAGGAGGAAAGAUUCCCCUUAACGCAGUGAGAGCGUCGGAUGAGGAGAAGAGGAGAGCGGAGGGCAUCGGAUAGGCAACAAGGAUGGCAGCACCAGACUUAUUGGACCCUAAAUCCGCCACUCACAACACCAAGCCCCGCCUCUCCUUCUCCACAAAGCCAAUCACACUGACUCCCCGGGAGGAAAGUGAGGUGGUUGCCACAGUGAUGAAAUGGAAGACGGUGUCAGCCAUCUUUCUUUUGGUGGUUCUGUACCUGGUGAUGGGAGCAGCAGUCUUCAGAUCCCUGGAGCAGCCUCACGAGAGUGCCCAGCGUUUGGCCAUCCUGUCCCAGAAGCUGGAGUUCCUGUCCAGACACUCCUGUGUCAACCAGAGCCAGCUGGAGGAGCUGGUUAAGCAAGUUGUGUCUGCGAUCCGUUCAGGAGUCAACCCUGCAGGGACACUGACCAACCACAGCAGCCUGUGGGACCUGAGCUCGGCUUUCUUCUUUGCUGGGACUGUCAUCACAACCAUCGGUUUUGGGAACAUCUCUCCCCACACAGAAGGUGGAAAGAUCUUCUGCAUAGUCUAUGCGUUGCUAGGGAUACCGCUGUUUGGCUUUCUCUUGGCUGGUGUAGGAGAUCAGCUCGGCACCAUAUUUGGCAAGGGCAUCGCCAGAGUGGAGAAAAUGUUUGUGCACUGGGACAUCACUCAGACAAAGAUCCGCGUCAUCUCCACUCUGAUGUUUGUGUUGUUUGGCUGCCUGCUGUUUGUGGCGCUCCCAGCAGCCAUCUUUAAACACAUUGAGGGUUGGUCUGCGCUGGAGUCCCUCUACUUUGUGGUCAUCACACUAACCACCAUAGGAUUUGGAGACUUUGUGGCAGGUGGUUCAGAAAUAGAGUACUUAGAUUACUAUAAACCAGUUGUAUGGUUCUGGAUUCUGGUGGGGCUAGCCUACUUUGCUGCCAUCCUCAGCAUGAUAGGAGACUGGCUCAGAGUCAUCUCUAAGAGGACGAAAGAAGAGGUGGGAGAGAUCCGAGCUCAUGCUGCAGAGUGGACUGCUAACGUCUCAGCAGAGUUCAAAGAAACUCGGCGACGUGUGAGCGUUGAGAUCUACGAUAAGUUCCAGCGCGCCGCCUCAAUUAAACGCAAACUGUCCUCAGAGCUGGGAUUCAACCCCACCCCUGAGCUCACUGUGCCCAAGAGGAACGUGGCGGUCAAUUUCAACGAUGAACGGGAUAAGAACGAGAGGGAGGCCGGGCUGCAGGGCCUCAUGACACCUCUGACUAGAAACGGAGGUUUGUUCAUGAACGGUUUGGACCCAGAGAGAGGAGAUAUCUUAGUCAUCGAACACCUCAAGUAGAGAGAGGACAGUCAACACCUUCUUAAGAUUUUUCUGAGGUCAUUCGUCCUCAUUGGUGGCACUAGUGCUGAAAGCAGAGAUGCUUGAACAAAGUAAUAAUCAGAAUAUGGUACUUUUGUGACCCCAGCAGGGACAUCUUCACCCCUCUACAGAGACGUAAGCCUAAAGAACACAUGACAGAGAAUUUUGACACUUUUCUCUCACUUCAACACCCUCAUACCGCCAGUGAAACAAAGAGCAAGAAGAACAUACAAAACAUGAGUUGAUCUUGUGUAAAAUUGCAUUUCUUUAUUUUCUUCCCACCAUUCAAACAUGCUUUACAUAAGAGUUGUGAAUCUGUUGUCUUUAAACUGUAGGGUGUGUAACUUCUGAUCAGAGCUGAUUAUUCAAAGAUUUCGACCACUGUGGUUUCCAGUGGCCGCCAUGUGAGUCCUUUUCUCUUCUCUUUAGAUCUCUUUAUAAUGUUGUCAUCUCACAGAAGACAUCAAUGGACGAUCUUUGCCACCAACUCUUCUUUGUUUUAGAGAAGAGGAAGAAGGUGGAUGCAGUUCGAAGUGGUCAAAGUGUGUCUCUCUGACUCUGGAUGUAGAAAGAUUUGCCAAACCAUUGCUGUGCCUUAAACUCUUUACUUUGCCAAACCAAGGCCAAGCACAACACACUGUCAGGUGGACCACUGAGUUAACAAGUGUUUAUACUUAUUUACGUGUUAUCACUAACAAUUUAGUUUAUUUCAACUGAGGAAAAAAGUGUUUUUAUAUACCCAAUGCUGUUGGUUUACAUCAUGGACAGUAUAUAUAUAAGGUUUACAUCCAGUCAAACGAAACUGAAUCAGUUGUUAACACUCAUAAUGUUUUGCUGGCCUGGAUCCACAUGUUCAUCCAAUACUUUGUGCUUUCUAUAAUAAUGUAAUGCUCAGUGGAUGACGUAGAUUGUUACAGACUUGACUGUUUGACUUGUUUUAGUGGCUGGAAGCAGAGAAUGUUUCUGUAGCAGUCACAUAUGAAUGAUACAGCGCCCCUUUGAGCCAUUGAAAUGUUCAUUUAUGUGAACUGCAUUUCACUGAACAGGAUUCACAGAUUUGCACACUGACAGGUCCUGAAAAUGUCAAUGUUACAGUACAAGAAUAAAUUCAGUUUUAAUGCCCAGCUUUCACACACGCACACGUACACACAAAGGGGGUUUUCUUCCAUGUGUGUAAGCCUGCCGUUGAAAAUGCACUUUGAUUUAACAGCCUUUGAACGUAACAACAUGCUAUAGCUUCCGCAGCGAACCAGUCCAUCCAAUCAGAAGGCUUCGAUUGUGUUGCUAUGUGGCAUUGAUGACAACUACGCGGUUUAACACACAAACCUUUCUCUUUAAGCAAGAAUGUAACCCUUAGAUUAUUACCCACAUACAUGAGGAGUGUAUGUAUGUGUACAGGACCAAUUUAUAUACAUGUAUCUGACGGCUAGAUUAGGUUGACACCAAUCUAGUGAAUGUAACGACAAAGAAAACUUAGUCUGUGGUGCAGCUUGUACUUUUGUACCAAUGAUAUACUGAGACCAGCAGGUGAAAAUCCUCAUAAGAAUCAGAAAACUUGUUAUAUUAAUCGAGUACAUUUCCAAUUAUUUUAUCUUUUUUCAGUCCUAAUUGACUUGUAUCUGUGAGAAAUGAUUCUUUUAAUUCUAAAGGAUGUCCUAACAAGUCUUUAAGAAGCCCCAUUGGACAUCCAGAUUGACUGUUAGAAAGAUGGGAUACAGAUGUUUUGACUUUAACUAUAGCAGUCUGUAUGGUUCAGUACUAACACUGGAUGGAAACAGUAGUGGUAUUACACUGUGUAGUGGCUGGUUGGUCUGGCUUUGCCGUCUCUCUUUGCUAUUCAGUUUGUUAGCAAACAGAUGACAUUGUUACAUGAUCAUCUUAUUUAGCUGAGCUAAAAUGAAACUAACUCUUCAUUUUCCGCUAAUGUGCUAGAUAUAUUAAUGCUUUUUAUGAUGAUGAUCAUGGAAACUGUAUUUUUCUAAACUGUAUGUUUGUAGAGUGUUUCUACACUGAUGUGAUUUUGGGAGAACGCAUUAUAAUAAUAAUGUCUGUAGAGCUUAUCCAAACACAAUGUAACAGAGAUUUUUUUAACAAUAUAUGACUUGAAAAUAUACCAGAUUUCAAUUCUU